AUGCCCAGUGUCCCAGACCUUAUCGCCGAAUCUGACCUCAACGACCCCAAAAUCCAAACCGCCGCCCCAAACUGCCCCGUCACAUCCGAGCGUCCCCCCGCACCCUCCACCGCAACCUCCAUCCCCAACCCUGGCGUCGCGCGUGCCAACGCCGCCAUCUCAAUCGACAACCCCAAUGGCGACGCAGACUACAUCGCCAACUACGGCGACUUCGUACGCCCCCGUCCCCAAGGCGCCAGAAAGUUAAUGCUCAGAAAGCUGACAGACCAGACCCCACUCCAACAACAUGUCCUCUUCUGGGACCGCGACCACGACGGCCAGAUCUACCCGCUAGACACCUACAAGGGCUUCCGGGAGCUAGGCUUCAACAUGCUCUUCUCGCUGCUGGCAAUGCUGAUCAUCAAUCUGAAUUUCUCGUAUCCCACGCGGUUGGUGCAUUCCGUGAUCCCGGACUUGUGGUUCAGGGUUGAUGUUGGUGGGAUUUAUAAAGCCAAGGUGGGUUCGUUUGACUUGGGACGGGUUGAGAUGGGAGCUGAUGAGAGGUAUGCAAUGCAGCAUGGUUCCGAUAGCGGGACGUAUGAUCCUGAAGGACGGUUCAUCCCGCAGCAUUUCGAGGAUGUGUUUGCCAAGUAUGAUCGGGAUCACGACGGGGCGUUGACUCUUGGGGAGCUGUUUGAGAUGGUGCAGGGAAAUCGAUGUGCGAUGGAUCCGUUUGGGUGGGGUGCUGCGUUCUUUGAAUGGGGGACCACAUGGCUGUUGCUUCAGCGUGAUGGACGGGUCUACAAGGAGGAUCUGAGGGGCGUUUAUGAUGUAUGUCAUUUGUCAUUUGCAAGGAGUGAUGGUGAUGAGGGCGAGCUGACAGACAACAGGGAUCGAUAUUCUGGAAGAUCCGCGAAGAGAGGAAGAAGGGCGGUUGGAAGCAGGGGUAUGGCGUUGGAGGGGAUGGGUUCGUGGGUGCUGUCAAGAUGUAUUGAUAUCCUGCCGCGAAGAGAAGGCACUUAG